AUGUCGAAACCAAGCAGUAAUUCUCAAUCACUCAAUCAUACAACACUACAGAAACAGUUAUCUGUUGUACAUGAACCGAUGGAGCGGCAUAUAUCCUGCAUAACCCCGGUACCAUUUAAUCGUACAGCGACGCUUUCUUCCUCAGUUAUCAUCUCUCCGAACAUACUCAACAUUUAUUCCAACAAUAUAUCCGUUGUACCAACAUCCUCGUCCUCUGCUACAUUUUCAUUACCAUCAAUUAUUCAUAAGCACAAGGUGAACAGCGAUCACACGUGUUCCCCAGCCAGUGAUAUGGCAGGAUCCGAUCAAUUAAACGAUUAUCAAAAAUUGAAACCAGUCAAAGAGAAAGUUGACGAUCAUCCACAACCUUCCUUGUCUUCAACAACAUCAUCCAUUGCUAAUGGAACUAUCGGUUUCCAUCAUAGCACUAUUAGUGAAAAUACUGCUACCCCCCUACUAACACUAAAUCCACCAUCAUUCUUCGUUAACGGUCAGAAUACAGAUAGAAAUGAGACGGCUUUUAGGAUUCUGGGAAUACCUGCUUCAGUUAACCACGAUGAUAUUGUUCCAACAAGUAAUCAUAGUACCGAUAUAGCUCAAGAAGUGGGAAGCCAAUUUGGUGCUUCAUCAUCAUCAAUAGUAACAACAUCAACACCAGCAUGCGAAAUGUUGCCACUUUGGAAACCAAUGGAGUUGAGGACCAAAAUGCAAUCUAUAGGCGGUCAUCUCCAUCAAUUUCAAUCAGAAAAUUUAACAGCCAACGCCAUAUUAAAAAAGUGCAACAGUCAUCACUCUGCACCAAAACGGGAGUUUCAUGGUACCACAGAUACCAUACCUGAUGAUCAUACUGAAAAUUCAACUCACUCCAAUCUUCGUUCUGAUAUUGGAUUUAAGCGAGAGAACGCUGAAAGUUUCCUAUUUGAUGAAUGGACCACGGAUAUCGUCCCCCUACUGCAUUGUAUAUAUAUGUAUCAUGUCAAAAAGGAAAACUAUUUAGAUCCUUCAGUGCUGAGGUACCAGCAAAGAAAUCUCUCAACUCCAGCGUCAACCCUGCAGCGAGUAAACCGAUCGUGGACACCGAAUCUUCAACAUGAUAAUGAGACAAAUUCACUCAAAAACUAUGAGUUGCAAUCGAGACGCAGCAAAAGUGUUGGACGUUAUGUAGAAAGCCAAAAUGGACUGGAACGAUUAUAUCAACCGUUCUCAGAAUCCAUCAAUUAUAGACCUGAAGAACGGGAACUCGGAUGGCGCCAUGAAUUAGGUGCUGCAUCUUAUUUUCCAUCAUCCUCACUACCACAUCAUUGUAUCACUAACUGCUUUGCUCAACAACGCUCUAAAACUCAACAUUUCCACUUGCCACCGUAUCGGUUACAGCAGGACUGUAAACGAAGAGCAGAGGAUUCAACAAUGGUGCCUCCUGUACUAACAAAAUCUUCCUCAAAAUGUUUACAUUAUGGUUUGCCUUUUCAUAAUUUAUCAUGGAGUGAGGUUGAAUAUCUUUGUAAAGCACUGGACAAAAAAAGAAUUCAUAUGGAAUCGUUCACGGAGCAAUUGGCUAAACUUGUAAAAUCAACAGCAAUCGGCGAACGCCUUGAUCAGUCUGUUAUGUAUCUGCAAAGUUUGGUUGAUUGCUUGGAAGCUUGUGGAAAUAAUAGUAUCAACAGCAGAAGCAGAAGUCACAGCAGAUCACCAACAUCGCUUUCUACUUUUAACCAUUGUUGUAACCACAAGCAUCUCACCAACUUAGCAACAAAUUUCUGUUCAUCUUGCUCGCUUUAUACCAGUUCAGAUAGGUCAAAAGUGAAUGGUCAAUCACUCGGUGAUGUAGCCGAGAUAAAAAAGCUCGCGAAACAUGAAGUUCUCAUCCGGCAGAAAGUUGAGAAGCUUUCCGAAGAAUUGCAGCAACAGAGAAAUCGACGGCAUGGAUAUGUGCCUUCUGCUUUUCCGGCCCUCCAGAAAAAUUUUGAUCGCUUCAGUGGGUUGAUUAACGAAUUUGGACGCCCAGAACGCGCUACCACACCUCAAACAAUGUCACAACCAGAAAUUAUGACUUGUACUGCACUUUUCUCUUUCAAAGCUAUUAGUCCCAAAGAAUUAUCAUUUAAUCGUGGUGAUGUGAUACGGGUGUAUCGCAUAAUUGAUAUCAACUGGAUGGAAGGCGAACACAACGGCCAAAUUGGCCUUUUUCCUUCUUCCUAUGUACAAAUUGAUAAUAAUGAAGAGUGCGGGCAAAUCAAAUUGAUCGCUUUAUAUCCAUUUUCCGCUAGAAAUAAGAAUGAGCUGUCACUAAAAAAGGGUGAAACGCUACGUUAUUUACGAAAUAUUGAUGCCAACUGGAUUGAGGGUAAAAAUAUUCAUGGAAAAACUGGAAUUUUUCCUAAAUCAUACGUUCAUGAAGCAUGUGAGGUCAAUCUGCAUGACAAUAAUGAAACAGUAAUACCGGAUAGACCUAAAACACCACGUACCAGUAUUACUCCAUUCAGGUUUAUCUCAUUUUUCUACUGUAUUUUUUCGAAACUUUUUAGAAUUUGA